AUGGCCACCAGGUGGACAAAGGCACGGAAACGUUGGUCUCCAGAUAUUGCGAAAAAUUGUUACCCUAUGUACCACCAGCAGUUUGAGAUACUUGAUGAGGCAGAAGUCACAUGGAACCCGUGGACUCAGGACCAGCUAAAAAUGGUCUUUGAUGCUCGACACUUCACACCAGGCAUGUUGACCGAUAGUGCAUUCUGGCUGACUCGCUGCAACUUAUUGUUCCUGUGGCUAACCAAUAUGAGCAGGGGUUGGAGUUUAUACGAUUGGAGGGAAGAGAACAGUGAAUGGGUACACAAGUGGACAAAUGAAGCGCUAGCAGAUAUAGUGCGUCAACUUAGGCCGUACGAUGGAAGUACAGAUCAAGCGUACAAGCAGUGGUACUGCAUGAACACACGUGCUAGCCUGGCCAGUCAGCCAGCUACUAUACCAACACAUCUCACACAAGAGGAGCAGGCGCGGAGACAUGUUGAGCUGCAUGCAGCUUACUAUCGUGACCACCUGGACACACCUGAUGUUAAUUGGGGCGAUGAGAACACCCAACGCGGCGUCAACACAGGCCUCCGGGGAGCAUCACAUGAUCAUGGCGUCAACACAGGCCUCCGGGGAGCAUCACAUGAUCUUGGCGACACGGUUACAUCAUUAGUUACAGAGUUCUUCGGAGGGGAUGUUAUUGGCCCAUCUUUUAUCCCCCCGGAGUCACAACCAUACGCCUACAAUUACGCUUCAGGUUCGCAACAAGGAUUCGCGACUCCACCACCUACGCAGGACUCGCAGACACAUGAAGCCGAAUUGGAGUACGGCCGCGGUCUUCGUGUGACCCGGCCACCUAAUCGCUUGUCCCCUUCCGGUCGUAAGGAAAGGCCAGGUGGUCAUCGUAAAGUAGGGUGAUUCAUCUAUGCACGUGCGCGACCCAUUGUAUCUAUAUAUGUGUGUAUCAGACUUUUCGAUUUGAACAUCUAUGUUUGCUGAAAUAAAAAUGCACCAGUCAGGAACAAU